CGUAGCUGCGCCUGGUGACGAUGGUGACACAGAAGGUAGCCGGUAACGUAGUGGUGAAACAGCUGUGAGAGCAGAAACCGCUGCGAAGGUUACGGAUGUUUAGCAAGAGCCCCUCGUAAGAGGAGGCUUCGCCAUUUAUUUCCUUUUGUGAGAAGCAUUACAAAGCUGCAAUGGGAAAGAAAAGAACAAAAAACACUCCCCUGCAAGAUGCUUUGGAUGCAGAGCCUAUAUGUAAACACCUCCGUAAAGGACUGGAAGAAGGAAGUGUGAAAAAGGCAUUAGUGAAUGUGGAAUGGACCAUAUGCCAGGACUGUGAAGUAGACAAUCAUGAAAAAAGUAACCCCAAGAAUAAUCUGGGGGAAGGACCUUCCAUUUGGUUGUGUCUAAAAUGUGGCCAUCGGGGUUGUGGAAGAGAUUCAGAACAGCAGCAUGCAUUAAAGCAUUUUAGCACCCCAAGAUCUGAACCACACUGUAUUGUGCUCAACUUUGACAUGGGGAGUGUGUGGUGCUACUUGUGUGACAAUGAGGUCCCGUGUGUCAGUUCUGGACGUUUAAAACAACUAGUGGAUUAUAUACAAAAAAAAUCAAUGAUUAAUGCUAAAACCCCUAAUUCAGAGAAAGAAGUAAACACAAACGAAUCUCUGCCAGAGAAGGAAGAAAAUAAAGAAGAUAAUGUUACAAAAGAAGCAUCAAACGCACACAGUAACGGUAAAGAGACCACUGUGAAAGGACUCAGUAAUUUGGGGAACACUUGUUUCUUUAACGCUGUCAUGCAGAAUCUCUCCCAGACUCCUGCCUUGAGAGAACUUCUGAAUGAGGUUAAAAUCGCUAAAAAGACAGUGAAAGUUAAAUUACUCGACUCUUCAUCACAUUUAGAGGUGAAUCCAGAACAGCAGCCAGGUCCCCUGACAUUAGCAAUGUGCCAAUUCCUGACAGAAAUGCAGGAGACAAAGAAAGGGGUUGUUACCCCAAAAGAGCUCUUCUCUCAGGUCUGUAAAAAAGCAAUACGGUUUAAAGGCUACCAGCAGCAAGACAGCCAGGAGUUACUUCGUUAUUUGUUGGACGGUAUGAGAGGAGAGGAAAUUCAGAGAAUAAGUGCAGCAAUGUCAAAGACAUUACUUGAAAAUUCUGAAAAUAUAGAUGAAGAUGAAGUUAAAAAGAAAGUCAAAGAUUGUGAGAAACGAAGAACAAUUCCAAACUUUGUUGAUUGUCUGUUUGGGGGAGAGCUUACUAGCACAAUUAUGUGUGAAGUGUGUCAUACAGUAUCUUUAGUCCAUGAGCCUUUUCUUGACCUAUCUCUACCUGUUUUGGAUGAAUCGCUAGUGAAAAAAAAUUCUCCUAAAACCUGCAGAGUUGUUGAUGAAAAGAUGGAAGAAGAGAAAGAUGACCGUUAUGUAAAAGAAAAGAAUGAUGAGUUUUCUGGGACAAGUAAACACCUUCAGAAAAAGGCAAAGAAACAAGCAAAGAAACAGUCAAAGAAUCAACGUCGACAGCAGAAGUUUCAGAAAGCACAGUCUUUGAAUGAUGACGGCACCAAUCCAGAUGAAGCAAAUGCUAAUGGGGAAAGUAUUUCACAGAAUGACACUGAGAAUGAAACUAGCCCUAAACUAGAAGAUGAAAUCACAACUGAGAAGCAAUGCUUAAAUGAAGAUGAUUCGGAAAGACUGCAAAAUAAUGCUGAAAAUGGAAUCCCAUGUCCAAAAAAUGCUACUGAAGCAAUAGUAGCAGAUCAGGAACUUGAGAAUAAAAUAACUACAUUAAAUCUUGAACAAGAUAUUAAAAUAAAUACAGACUCUCUAACAAACUGCACAAAUCUAGAUGCAUCAGAGCUGGAAAAUAACUUUAAUACAGAGAUAGCAAGUCUGGAAAAUAACAUUAAUACGGAGAUAGCAAGUCUGGAAAAUAACAUUAAUACGGAGAUAGCAAGUCUGGAAAAUAACAUUAAUACAGAGAAAGCAAGUCUGGAAAAUAACAUUAAUACAGAGAAAGCAAGUCUGGAAAAUAACAUUAAUACAGAGAAAGCAAGUCUGGAAAAUAACAUUGAAACCAAUUCCACAAUUGUGGAAGAUAAUGACAAAGAAACAAUGACACUUGGACAUGGGGAUGUUACUCAAAUGAACAAUGAAGAUGCAGAGAUCCACCAGCCUGCUACUCCUGCAUUUAAAUGUCCGAAUGCUCAAGAAAAUACCGACCAAGAUGAACUAACAGAUAAUUUAAACAGACUAAAUUUGAGCAAUAGCGUUGAAGCUGCUGAAAUAGAAAUUGAAAUAAUCGAUGACCAUGAACCUGCCAUGACACAAUUAUACGAAGUAGUAAAUGAGGACCCAGUAACUGCCUUUUGUACUCUUUCUGAUAGACAGGAGCUUCCAGCAGAUGAAUGUUCCGUCCUAAGUUGUCUUUAUCAAUUUACCCACAAAGAAAGUUUAGUAGGGAACAACCAACUUCUUUGUAAUACAUGUACAAAAAAACAGAUAAACGGACCAAGAAAGAACAAUAAAGGUGUACAGAAGCAUGUGUACACAAAUGCUAAAAAGCAAAUGCUGGUUUCACUCCCUCCGCCUGUCCUUACUCUUCAUUUGAAAAGAUUUCAACAGCAUGGUUUUAAUCUUCAUAAAAUUAAUAGGCAUGUCAAAUUUCCUGAAGUGAUAGACCUUUCUCCAUUUUGUACUACAAAAUGUAAGAACAUCAUUGGGGAUUCUGCGUUACUCUAUUCCUUAUAUGGGGUUAUUGAACACAGUGGGACCAUGAGAUCUGGACACUACACGGCGUAUGUCAAAUCACGAAAUCCAAGUUCGCAACUAUUUGAUCUAGUACUUAAAGGAAUACUCCCUGAAGUUUCAGGAAGUGAACCACCAAUGGGCCAUUGGUACCAUAUCAGUGACAGCCAUGUACAAGCAGUGCCAUUGACUAAAGUUCUGAACUCUCAGGCCUACCUUUUGUUCUAUGAGAGAAUACUUUAAUAAAACUCAGACUGUGAGCGGAAUUCUUUAUUUGCCAAGGAAUCUAUUAGUUGAUUGUGUUAUGAAUGGUUCUGGAAGCCAUAUUUAAUAAAAACAAAAAAAUUGCAAGGACACGACUCGAAAAUUGUGGAUGCAGAAAAUAUUUGUGGAGAAAAUUCUCAGCUGAGCACUUUUGUAUGGUGUCACCAACGUAUUCAGUGUUAUGCAAUAAAUUUAUAUGCAAUCAUGAAAAUUGUAGAUUUGAAUAAUUGUUUUUAGCUACUCUGCAAACAUUAAUUUAAAAUAUUUUUGUAUCGGCUCCAGAGCUUUUUUUGAUGUAAAGUUGCAUCUCAAUGCACUUUUGUGUUUUUGUUUAUAUAUUGCAAAUAUGUUUUAAUAUAUCAAAUACAAGGUGACAUUCCAUACGGAUAUCACAUAUAUUGUUACUACCUAAAUAACGGUCUAUCUUUUUUAUGCAAAGUGUAUAUAUAGUCCUGUUUGUAACUGUAAAUUACAAACCUAUUAUCGCUUCUCAUUCAUGAUUUAACUGCUUAUCUGGAACGGUGCCAUUCUUAUUUUUAAUAAGAAAGGGGCCUAUUUUUUGUUUUAUACUGAUAACCUACAAUAUAUUUCAGUAUUUUUUUCCAGUUAUUUGAUAAAAGUUUUAAAAAAAAUGUCUGGGGGGGGCUCUCUGAUCUGCUGUAGGACUGUUGCAAUAUAUGUGUUCUAAAUUUAUUUUGUUUUAUAAUUGUGUUGGAUUGCUUUCAUUGUUUGCAGAUUAUUUUAAUUUAAGCAAAUCAUUACUAUAUGCUGUCAUGGAAUACAUAUACGUUUGUUCCAAUAAAUCGCAAUGGUUGUAAACGGUAAAAUUAAA